AUGGCUCAAAAGCCAGCAUCAUCCGCCCAGGGAAACCCAACUCGAACCCAGAAUCUGGCAAUCUGGGCCGCCAAUCUCAAAUAUGCCGAUAUACCGCCGCAUGUAGUCCAAAAAACAAAAGACUUCUUCCUGGACUGGUUAGGCUGUACAAUAGCAGGCCGCAACCACCCCGCCAUCUCAGCAAUCGCACGAUUUGCUAUUACUAUGGGACCUUCCAACGGCAAAAGCGAACUAGUGGAUGGCGCGCUCGGAUUCAAGACCAGUCCUGCAUUUGCCAGCUUAGUGAACGGAGCCUCGUCGCAUGUUGUCGAGCAGGAUGAUCUUCAUAAUCGCAGUAUCAUGCAUCCCGCCACGGUUGUGUAUCCCGCUGCCCUUGCCGUUGCACAGGAAAUAGACGCCACAGGCGAGGAAUUCAUUGCUGCAUGCGUCGUGGGUUACGAAGUGGGUUGCCGAGUCGGCGAGUACCUAGGAAAAAGCCACUACGAACGCUUCCACACCACUGCCACUGGCGGUGUCAUCGGCGUGGCAGCCGCGACAGCCCAUCUCCUGAAACUUGAUGCAGAACAGACCCUCUCUGCCAUUGGCACAGCGGGGACACAGGCAGCAGGGCUGUGGCAGUUCCUCGUCGACGCCACACACUCAAAACAAGUUCAUACCGGCAAAGCGUGCUUCGACGGGAUAUUUGCUGCGUAUUCUGCUCGGGACGGACUUCUCGGUGCUGCAGAUAUCCUUGAAGGAUCGCGGGCUAUGGGCGUUGCUCUAGUGCCGGGGACUACAAAGCCCGAGGCAAUCGAUCAGAAUCUGGGCUCUGAUUGGGCUGUUUUAGGAUCGAGCUUUAAAUGGCAUGCUUCAUGUAGACACACCCAUCCCAGCGUUGACGCACUUCUGAGCCUUAUGGAGAAGAAUGGGGUCGCAUUUGAAGAUAUUGAGUCCGUAGUUACGCGGACAUACCAAGCUGCGUUGAAUGUGCUCGGGCUGAGUGGCGAGGGUGAGACGGUGCACCAAAGCAAGUUCUCGAUGGGGUUUGUUCUUGCGGUAGCAGCCAAGAAGGGACAGGCUAUGAUAACAGAUUUCACAGAGGAAGAUCUGAAGGAUCUGACCUUGCGGGAGUUCCAGAGGCGGGUAACAAUGGAAUAUGAUGCGGAAAUUGAUAGCAAGUUCCCGCAGAGUUGGCAAGGGACGGUUAUCGUGACUACCAAGUCUGGUCAAGUAUUCCAUGAGACAGCGGAGUUUGCGAAGGGGGACCCUGAGCUGCCAUUAACAAAAGAGGAGAUUGAGCGUAAGGUACAUGCGCUGGCCACUUAUGGCGGUUUCACCAAUACUUCGAGGGUGAAUGAUCUGAUUCAAAGAGGAUGGAGCUUGGAAAAUGAGACAAAUUUGACAGGGUUCGUCUUUUAG